UCUACAUCCGACCACUGGAUGAUGGCUACUGCUGGCUGGGUAUUCACGCUUCUGGCCAUAGUUGCGGAUCUACCAUGGUGCGGAGAGAGCGCGGCGGUGAACCUGACGCUGCCCAAAGUGCCUUCGGUGCCGCUGUCCAUGGACGACGACUCGCCGUACCUGCAGGACCUCUACUGGCCUCAUAACGACUCCUGGCCCAUCGACACCCUGGAUGAGUUCGAGCGCAACCGCCUGCGAGGUGUGUUCCUGGCGGAACCGCAGACGACUCCGGUGACAGUGGCGCGUCCGCCACCCGACCCGGAAUUCGACCCCGAGACCUCCACCAACGUGUCCGCACGUCUGGGCGCCACAGCCUCGCUCCACUGCCGGGUCAGAAAUCUGGGCGAACAUUCGGUGUCGUGGGUGAGGAAACGUGACUGGCACAUUCUCACGUCCGGCCUCUUCACGUACACCAACGACGACCGCUUCCAGGCGUCGCACUCCAACAACGGCGAAGACUGGAGCCUCCACAUCAAGUACGUCCAGAAGAGGGACAAUGGUACUUACGAGUGCCAGGUGGCGACUGGCAAAGGCACGAUCACGCAGUAUUUCCACCUGCACAUCAUAUACCCGACUGCCUUCAUCCUAGGCAACGGGGAGUAUCACAUCGGCGAAGGCAGCACCAUCUCUCUCGUCUGCAUCAUAGAAUAUAGCCAGACGCCGCCGCAGCAGGUGGUGUGGUCGCACAACGGCCGCCCCCUCUCCAGGGACGGCGCGCGCGGCGUCGCGCUCAGCACGGAGCCGGGGCCGCGCACGCACUCCCGCCUGGUGGUGGCGCGCGCCGCCCGCGCCGACGCCGGCAACUACACCUGCGGCGCGCCCGGCACCGAGCCCGACACCAUCAGCGUCUACGUCUCUGAGGGAGACAACACGGCGGCGAUCCAGCGGCAGGAGGCUUCCCGGGCGCGGCGCCUGCACUCCCACCUCGCGGCCGGGGGGCACGACCUCUCCCUUGCGCUCUUCGCCGUCGCCUGCAGCCUCUACUGCUGACAUCUGCCGGCGGUGUGAAGUGUUCCUCGGCUUCUCAUGAGAUGAAGGCACUCACACGGACCCCUGAAUGUCCUCAAGAGGCUGUCGUCUCAAAGCGGCCUGCUCAUCACAAUACGCAACUGGACUGUCGGAACAUCACUGAGGAUCUGAAGAGAGCGAGGAGCAAAGAUGAACCAGGCGCUGUCAGUUGUCUGAAGAGGACCUUGUGCAUGGCAAUUCCAGUAAACUAAAUCUUAAGACAUUUCAUUAGGGAAGAAACUGGAAGAGCAGAGCCACGUUUUAUGUGUCUUCAGAGGAAUUACUGUAUAUUUUUUGUUACAUUCUCAACGCAGACAGUGACACAACGUCUAUUUUUCUGUGCCCGUAUGAGAAAUGAGAACUAUCGAGUGUUACGUCCAUUUAGUUUACUACACGACGAUGUAAUUGUUAAAAUUUUCUAAAAAUAUUGAUGAAAAUAGGUAAGUUUACGAAUGUUGCAGAUAAUCGAAAACAGUUCACUGUUUCUAACACCUGAGUUCACUGAUUGUGGUGCUCGGAGACAUUUCUAUA